AUGGCUCCACUAAAAGUAUCAACUAGCACAAACUAUGAAAUAGACCCACUAGAACUGGAACUCACCAUGGAAAAAAUUCGCCAAACUGCUUCGAAGAUCACAUGGGAAGGCCUUGCAGGAGCACUGAGACGAAAUAUGAUGGAUAAACGCUCCAAUCUUGAUAUCAAUGAUCGAUUAGAUAUCCAGCGUGCUCUCGCAAUUUUUCGUAAAUCUUUGCCGAUUGAAGAGACCUCUGAUUUAUCAAUCAAAUUAAGACAAUUGGCUGAUGGACUCGAAUGUCAAUUCUUGGUCGAGCCUGGGUUAGUAUUCAUUAAAAAUGCAGAUGUGGCUAUCGAGAUAACAGUUGAGGCUUCAGAGGUCAAGUCUGCCAAAAUUGCCUAUUUUCAAGCUGCUCCCCUCUAUUUUGCAGAGUUCCGGGAACUUGUAGCGAAAAAUGAAUGGGAAAAAGUGCGGAAUGGAGUUCAUUCGGUGCUCGCCUCGAUUUCAAGCUUUCAUGCCCAGGAAAGAUCUGAAGUAGCACACGCAUUAUCCGUUUUUGAGACUUGGAUUGCUAGUCAAGGAUUGGCAAAGCAAGGCUGUGAUCCGACAUCUUUCAACAAAUUACCAUUGGGUGCUCUUCUUCCUCGUUCUCCUUUACGACCUGCUCGUUUACUGUUUGCUGCUGAUCCCACUUAUGCACAGAAAUUCGAACAACCCGAGUUCGAUUUAGAAAAAAAUUCGGAGUCACUUCCAUAUUUCGAGAUUUUGGUCACUCCUUGUGAUCAAGAAACCAAUCUACCUUUUGGAGUUGCCGGUACCGAAUGGACAACACAGAAAACGAUGAAAGCUUGCUUCACAUUGAAAUUUUCGAGUCCAUUCAUUUUCUCAGCGGAUGUCUGGCGGUCAUUGCAGCGAUUUUUGGCAAAACCGUCUUCGAUUCGAGAGCAUGUAAAUCUCUAUCGAUAUCUAAGUGGUUAUGAUAUGAAGAAAAACGAAUUUCUUUUGCGAGCCUCACUCAAUGGAGAACAAUUUUACUACUUUGAGAUCUCAAACACGGAGCUUUACGAUGAAUCGGAUGUGAUUGUCAAUGAGCUGCAUCUAAUUGAUGGAAGAGAUUUGAAAAAGGUUCUGAAUCUGGUGCGAACUCAAUUUUCUCAUAAUACUUUCUACAAAUCGUUGCUCGCUUGGACGAUCGGUCACAAGAGGAAAACUACAUACAGCCUUUUGCGCAUUCAAACUUCACUUUCUACAAAAUGUUUCGAGUUUACUUUUGGCACCGGUCUCAACCUUUCAAUUGUUCGUAUCUUUGAAAACAAUGGAGAAUGGAUUGUCCAAAGUGAAGGCACCGAUGGACACUCUGAUGAUGAUCUUCUUGAUAAGAGGGCGACCGCUCUCUUUGAAAAGUGUUGGUCUCUUCCUAUUCUACUCCGACAUAUCAUUCAAGCUCGUGAUAUAAAAUUUGAAGCGAUUAAUUCGAAUAAGCGUCUCGAUGAUGACGAAGCGAUGGAUACGGAUAUUAAAGAAAACGAUUUAUUGCAAUCUGAUAAAGUGGCUUCCUCUUGGUUACAGUGUUCUCAUCAUCAUCAAAAAAAACGUAAACGCGAGCAAUUCGACUUUACGAUCGAAGAUCCACUAAUGACUGAUGGAACUGAGCCAGCCGGCUUAUUGGAAUUGUGGAAAGAAAGGGAUGAGCGCCCAGUGGAGCUCAUUCCACCACAAGAACCAUGUCGAAGUGCUCGACGGGGUGGUCGCGAUCUUGCGCUUGAUGCUCUUGCUUCUUCUCGUACUGCUCAUCGUCUCGUUUCUGACACCACUCUUCAGAACAAUGCCGUCUCCGAUUUGGAUGAGAUCGCAAGACUGGCCCAAAAUCUGGAUGAGGAUUAUACGAGAGUCGGAGUUUCGACACCGACAUCAGCGUAUCCGUACUUUGGUGGAUCGGGUGUCUCACCGCGUGGUUAUCACUCUCAUUCAUAUAUGAAUAUGCCUGGUGGAGGGCAAUUGAGUCCUCUCGAAAAUGCACGACAAAAGAUGAAUGCGGUGGUUACUGGAAAUGAGAUGUAUGAUUUCCCGGAUGAGACAUCCUCCCAAGGCUCAUUUCCUUCACCACACUAUGGUUCAACCGGUUUCAACACACCUUCUUACAUGAGCGCCUCCGCUUCUCCACUUGGUGCUUCUUUUCGUGGACAGCCGACAAAAAGAAGAGGCAGAGGGAGAAGGUCGGGAAAUGUGGGAGAUCGAGAGGGAUCCGUCGAAUCGCCUGGUCCACCAACUGCACGGAAAACUCGUGGAUCAUCCACUGGGCAAAGAAGGGGUGGCCGAGGGGUUAGGAAAAGUGUUGGCCCGGAACACACGGUUUUCGAUCAACGACCGCCACUCAUGCGCACAUUCUCCGAUGCGCCUUAUUCGAAUGAACCGCCAACCCCGUUUUCCACCGGUUCCUCGUCACACUCGCCAUUUGUUGAAGAGAGCGAUAGCGAUGAGGAGACUGAUCCACCAAAGUACAUCCCCGGCGCCUCACACGCACAACAUCAUCAACAACAGCUAUCGAGUUCUUCGAUAAUCACCGCCACGGUUGCUCCAUCACCAGCGGCUCUAGCAGCUCAGUCUGUUGUUGUGCCACCCGUUUCUCAGCCUCUUAAUUCAAACUUUGGCUCAGUGUCACCGAAAUCGAGAAAACUGAGUAUGGAUUUGAUCUCGGGAAAGCCAUCUCCGUCGAUCAGCUCGACUCUAACGCCAACCACCACCGCUUCUCCUUUCCCUUCUUUGAGUUCUAUGCCACCUGCGCCUAAACCGAAAGCCUUCUCUGAUUUGUAUGAUGAUGGAAUCGAUUCCCCGCCACCACCACUUUCCGCAAAUGAAGGCUCAAGUGAUGGUCAAGCUACUCCUACUCAACCGCCACACAUUCAACCAAGCCCAUCUGUAACUAUAUCUCCUAUUGAAAGAAAACCAAGCAUAUUGCAAUCUCCUGUUCGAGCAUUUAACAGCUUCGAGGCUGCUCUCGCUAUGGGUGACAUGCCAACAUCAAAGGAAAGUUCUUCAACUCGAGAUGGGAAACUCAUUAUCAAGAUACCGAAAGAUCCAAAGACGACACGAGGAAGUCCAUCGGUUGAGUCGAUGAAGAGCAAGUCUUUAAAGCUGAUCUCCAUGACGGAUAAGAGUGAGAAGAAGGAACGGGAAAAAGAGAAAGAUAGUAGAGAAAAGGAACGAGAAAAAGAAAAGAAAGGUCGACGAGAAAGUAUCGAUAAAGAUCCGAAUGAGAAAAAGGAUUUGGUUGCUGGCAUAAAGACGACAAAAACAAUAUCUGAUGAGAAAAGGAAACGAAAGCUUGAACGAGAGAGAGAAGAAACGCGACGAGAACAUAAGAAAAACAAACUCGAGAAGCCGGAUAAGGAGCGCGACAAAGAGAAGAAAGAUUCUUCGAUUGUUCCCACUCCACCACUUCCAUUCAUGCAAUCACUCAGCUCUUUCAAGAUACCCAAGAAAACCACUACUGAACCUGAGAAAGAGUCACCGAAUCCUCCAACGCUAUCGUCUGCGACUGUCAGCGGGUUUUCGGCGAGAGAUUCGAGUCAACGUGACUCCCGAGAACAAAGAGAUCCAAGAGAAAGAGAUCGUGAAAGGCCAAAGGAGAAAUCCGGUCCUCCAAAGCUGCCACCAAUGAGGCCUCAUCCAGGAAUGGCGGGAAUGCCACCAAUGUCAAGAGUGCCUCCAUCACGAACAGCCGAUCCAUCACUGAUUCCCCUUCCUCCAGCCGGGCCAUCAAGCGGGAACUACUUCAACCGAAAACCACUGGUUGACCCGCAAAGGAAACCGAGUGGCCCACAUCUCGGACAAAGGCCCACACCAGCUUCACAACCAGGACAACAACCAUAUAGAUGGGCACCACCGAUAGACCGUGACCGUACGGGUGCAGUAGUUCCAAUUUCGGCCCUUCCUACGCCCGCCUCCCCAUCACCUGAGCCUAUCGCUGAUCCUGAUAGUCCAGAUGCUCUCAAAAUUGUUGAUGAU